CUGGACAGAUUUUUCCACAUGUUGAACUGCAGCUUCGUGGGAAAGAAUUCACAUCACAGAGUUCAGCGCUUCUAUGUGCAUGAAGCAGUCGACACAUUUUGGCAAGAAAUGGUUAAAUGCGAAUUAACCAAACGACAGGGGAAACCAGUUGUGGUAGCAGGUGAUGCCCGGAUGGACAGCCCUGGUCACAGUGCAAAGUAUUGCACUUACACCACAAUGGAUGCCACCAACCACAUAAUACUGGAUGUUAGCAACGUGGAUGUUCGAGAAACGGCAAUGAAGAGUACCAACAUGGAGGCACUUGGUUUCGUGCGAGGAUUAGAUUUCCUCAUAAGAAAUCUCGACAUAGAGGAAAUCGUGACAGAUCAACAUCCUCAAAUCACUUCGAUGAUAAAGAAAGAUGGAAAAUACAAGGAUGUGACCCACCAGUGGGAUGUUUGGCAUGGCAGCAAAAACUUUGUGACGAAAAAAAUUGGUAAAGUGGCCACCCGGAAAGCGACCAAACCACUACUUGCUUGGGUUCCAGCCGUUCGCAACUAUUUCUGGUACUCGGCACAAGAAUGUGGUGGUGACACAGCCAAUAUGAGGGUGAGCUGUCCUCAGUUAGGUUUCAAAUAUUAA